CUUGUUCUCUACAAUUAAAAAGCAGAGUCCACCACCAAAACCCGGUCAGCAACCCACAAACUGCUCUAGUGUCCGACUUUCUACCUUUCGUCGUCUCAUUGACUUGAGUCGACUCCUCACUCCGUAUUCUCAGACCACCACCACUUCGACCCACCUAUUCGCCGUCGCUCGAAGCCGACUCCCCGUCUAGCAAUCACUAUGAAGCGCAGGCCAAGUCUCUCCUCAUCCAGAUACAUUUGAUUUUUUGUCCGUCAUGGCAAAUUACGGCGCCUACUACGGUGGUGGCGCUGGUCAGCCCCUUCAGCCAAACCAAGACCCUCGAUACGUUAACUCGCAACCACAACAACCCUCCCCUUCCUUUCCACAGCCCUCCAUCCCUCAGCCUGGCUUUCAGCAGCUGGGCAAUCAAUAUUAUGCCCAACAGCAAUAUGCAAAUCAACAGCCUCAGCAGCCACAGCAGUAUGCAGGGCCUGAUCCCACAAAUGGCUUGGCUACACAGCUUGGAGGAAUGGAUAUAGGAACUACAUCUGUCAGAUCACACAGGAAAAAGGAUCGUCAUGCCCACCACGACAUUGGUCCUGGUCCUGCCGUAUCGCCUGCUCCUCCCCCAGUACAGGGAUAUCAGCAAGGAGGGCUUAACAACGCCCAGUUUUUGGGUGGAGGACAACAGCUUCAACCUGGAGUCCCACAACAACCAGCCAACACUGUGAAUCCAGCAGACAAAUUAAGGAUGGGUGAAGAGGCAGUGACCACACAAGGACGUGUCGAUCCAGAACAGGUCCCGAGUGUUGCGAGAGCAAGAGACGCUGCCACUCAAUUCUAUCAAGCUAAUAUUUACCCCACCAUGGAGAAACAUCUGCCUCCUCCAGCUGGAAUCCCGUUCACAGCACACGACCAAGGGAACUCGUCGCCCAAAUAUGCUCGCCUCACUAUCAACAACAUCCCCUCCACUGUUGACUCUCUUUCCUCUACUGGACUUCCGCUGGGCCUCGUGCUCCAGCCAUUCGCUCAGCCUCAGGAAGGCGAGCUACCCAUCCCUGUCCUCGACUUUGGAGAGACUGGCCCCCCAAGAUGUCGAAGGUGUAGGACCUAUAUCAACCCCUUUAUGACUUUUCGGUCUGGUGGGAACAAAUUGGUGUGCAACAUGUGUAAUUUCCCCAACGACGUGGCACCAGAGUACUUUGCCCCCACUGACGUUUCCGGAAUCCGCGUGGAUCGAUUACAGCGACCAGAACUGAUGCUGGGAACGGUCGAAUAUAUGGUGCCCAAAGAAUACUGGGCCAAGGAGCCGACUCCACUGAGAUGGCUCUUCUUGGUCGAUAUCACGGAAGAAGCCCAGAAUCGAGGGUUCCUGGCCUCAGUCUGUCGCGGUAUACUGGAUGCUCUCUAUGGGCACGAGAGAGAUGAUUCUCAAGAGACUGAUGAAGCAACCCCUCAGUCAAAGAUCCCUCCUGGAGUCAAGAUCGGGAUUGUGACUUUUGACAGAGAAGUUCAAUUCUACAACCUGACCGCUGGACUGGCAACGGCUCAGAUGAUGGUCAUGACGGACCUGGAGGAUCCUUUUGUUCCAUUAUCCGAUGGCCUAUUUGUCGACCCGACCGAGUCAAAGGAUGUCAUUACCGGCCUCCUUAAUGCCAUUCCGACCAUGUUCUCGACCUUCAAGAAUCCCGAACCCGCCCUUUUACCCACACUGAAUGCUGCAUUGACGGCAUUAACCGCCACCGGUGGCAAGAUCAUUGCAACUCUUUCUCGCCUGCCCACAUACGGGCCUGGCAAGCUCAUCAUGCGAGAUGAUGGAAAGGGUCGUGAUACCGACCAUGAAAAGAAACUCUUUACAACGGAGCAUCCCGGCUGGAAGAAGACGGCUGCUUCAAUGGUUGCUGCAGGAGUUGGCGUGGAUUUCUUCCUCGCUGCUGCCGGAGGAGAAUACAUGGACAUUGCCACCAUCGGCCAUGUAGCACGUCUGACAGGUGGGGAAACAUAUUUCUAUCCCAACUUUGUAGCGCCACGCGACACAUUGAAACUGGAAACGGAGAUUAAGCACUCUUUCCAGCGGGAGACUGGAUUCCAAGCAUUGAUGAAGGUUCGUUGUUCCAACGGGUUGCAGGUCUCGUCCUAUCAUGGUGCUUUCCUGCAAAAUUCCUUCGGCGCUGACCUCGAGAUCGGCACCAUUGAUGCCGAUAAGGCGAUCGGGGUGACGUUCUCGUACGACGGCAAGUUGGACUCUAAGCUUGACGCCCAUUUCCAGGCUGCCUUGUUGUACACUUCUGCCUCUGGUCAGAGAAGAGUCCGUUGCAUCAAUGUGGUUGCAGCAGUCAGUGAUGGUGCGACCGAGACCAUGCGGACGGUUGAUCAAGAUGCCGUGCUCAACAUCAUUGCCAAAGAAGCCUCAUUAAAAAUCACGGAGAAAUCUCUCAAGGACAUUCGAGCAGGAAUCACAGAAAAGACGAUUGACAUACUCGCGGGGUAUCGCAAAAACUUUUCUGGCUCACAUCCCCCUGGUCAGCUGGUUCUUCCGGAACAUCUCAAAGAGUUUGCCAUGUACACCCUUGGAUUGAUUAAGAGCCCGGCUCUCAGAGGCGGCGUCGAACAUCCUGAUCGUCGUGUUCAGUCGGCACGAUUCCUGCGGUCUGCUGGUGUGACCGAGACGGCUCUCUACCUGUAUCCACGGAUCUACUCGAUCCACAAUCUCCAACCCGAAGAUUGUUUCGCCAAUCCUGAAACGAUGCAACUCGUCGUUCCACCGACACUCCGUGCAUCAUUUGCCCGCGUCGAAGAAGGCGGAGUUUAUCUUGUCGACAACGGGCAGCAAAUAUUGCUCUGGCUCCACGCACAAACUUCACCUAAUCUGAUCGAGGACCUCUUCGGUCCCGAAGCACACUCCCUACAAGAUCUAGAUCUGCAUACCAACUCACUCCCAGUCCUAGAGACACACCUCAACGCCCAAGUGCGCAAUCUUUUGGCCUACCUCUCGACAGUGCGGGGCAGCAAGGCGGCGACGUUUACGUUGGCAAGACAAGGGCUGGACGGGUCCGAGUUCGAAUAUGCAAGGAUGUUAGUCGAGGACAGAAACAACGAAGCACAGAGUUACGUGGACUGGCUGGUGCAUGUGCACCGCAGCAUACAAAUGGAACUGAGCGGACAGCGAAAGAAGGACGAUGCUGGAGACCAUGAGGGGAUUUUGAAUAGUUUGACGGGGAUCAGAGCACCGUAUUGGACAUAGAUAGAAAGUGGUACAGCAUAGCGAGUUAGGGGUCAUCCUUAAAAGUGUAGUGGACAGUUGCCCCUUUGAAGUCUGCAGGGAAGCGGAGAGACCGCACAUGGUGUUGUAUGACAUGACAUGACAUCCACUAUUGCAUUGGUAUCUACCUAGAC